CCCCGGUGCCGGCCGGCGCGGAGCAGCGCUGGGAGCGGCCCCAUGCCGUCCGGCGGGCCGGGGCCAGCCCCGGGGGCACCCCCCGGUGACACCCCCCGCAACUCCCGCCGCUUUCCCCCGGGCCGUGCCCGCAGGAGGAGUCGCGCUCUGCGCCCCGGGAGGAUCGCUGUGAGCCUGCGGGCAGGCAGGUGAUCUGCCUGCCAGUCCUGGUUACCCUUCUUCCCACCUCCCGCCUUUCUUCCCCCCCGGCUGGACAACUCCCUCCCUGGAGAACACGCCCAAGUAGCUGAAAAAGGGGGAAAGCGAGGAGAAAAGAAAAAAGGGGGGGUGGGGGGAGCAGGGAGACAGUUACCGCUGGACCGGGGGGAGCCGCCGGCGCUCGGGAGGAUCCCGCAGCCCGUGCGCUGCCGGCAAUAAAGCGCGACGUGUGACAGGCAUACAAAUCCGGGAGCGCGGGAGCGGCGGGGCCCGGCGGGCCAUGCGAAGAGCCUGCGGGGGCUCGCCGGGGCGCAGCGGCGGGGCGCUGCGGCGCGGGGGGCCCCGCUCGGCCGGGCGGCCCUGACCCACCGCACCGCCGGGACCGGGACCGGCCCCGGGCCGGCUGCGCGGCACGCACCGUUUCGCACGUUGGGCUGAGGCACAGCAAGCAAGGAAUAUGAACAGGAAAACAAGGCGCUGGAUCUUCCACAUCUUCCUGAGCCUGGGGAUUGUGUAUAUCAAGAUCGGGGGUUUUUCCUCUGUGGUGGCCCUGGGAGCCAGCAUCAUCUGUAACAAGAUCCCGGGUCUGGCCCCCCGGCAGCGGGCGAUCUGCCAGAGCAGGCCCGACGCUAUUAUCGUCAUCGGGGAAGGGUCCCAGAUGGGCAUCAACGAGUGCCAGUUCCAGUUCCGCAACGGGCGCUGGAACUGCUCUGCCCUGGGAGAGAGGACCGUCUUCGGGAAGGAGCUCAAAGUGGGUAGCAGAGAAGCAGCAUUCACGUACGCCAUCAUUGCUGCUGGGGUAGCACAUGCAAUCACAGCUGCCUGUACACAGGGCAACCUGAGUGACUGUGGCUGUGACAAAGAAAAACAAGGACAGUACCAUAAAGAGGAAGGAUGGAAAUGGGGAGGCUGCUCUGCAGACAUCAGAUACGGAAUAGGAUUCGCCAAAGUGUUUGUGGAUGCCCGGGAGAUUAAGCAAAAUGCAAGGACACUCAUGAAUCUGCACAACAAUGAGGCUGGGCGGAAGAUUCUGGAAGAAAACAUGAAGUUAGAAUGCAAGUGCCAUGGGGUCUCAGGAUCUUGUACCACUAAAACAUGCUGGACAACUCUGCCUAAGUUCCGGGAGCUGGGCUACAUCCUUAAGGACAAAUACAACGAAGCUGUUCAAGUCGAACCAGUGAGGGCAAGUCGUAACAAGCGUCCCACCUUCCUGAAAAUAAAGAAGCCACUUUCCUAUCGCAAACCCAUGGAUACAGAUUUAGUGUACAUAGAAAAAUCUCCCAAUUAUUGUGAAGAAGACCCUGUCACUGGCAGUGUGGGAACACAGGGCAGGAUGUGCAACAAGACAGCCCAGCAGUCCAAUGGCUGUGAUCUCAUGUGCUGUGGUCGAGGUUACAAUACACACCAGUACUCAAGAGUGUGGCAGUGCAACUGCAAAUUUCAUUGGUGCUGCUAUGUUAAAUGCAACACUUGCAGUGAGAGGACAGAAGUAUAUACCUGUAAGUGAGCAUGUGGCUGGGCAGGCUGGCAUGUCCCUGGCCAUGAAUACAUUUGCACAUGCACUCAAAGUACCUACACAAGACUGUAGGAAAGAUCUGCUCUCCCAGAAGAAAUGCUGAUGAAUGGAGCCCUCUCUUUUCUUCUCAUGUUUCAUUGCUUCUGUGAAUACACAUCUCAGACUCUUAUGAAAGUCAGCCAGGAAAUAAAAACAAAGAACCCCCACCCUGAGCCACCUGACACACAAAACAGAGAGAAAAAAGAUCAUCUCAGUUAAUGUGCGCCUCUAAAGCAAGAAGUAUUGACUGCUUUGUGAAGAGACACCGCUGAGAGGAAAAGCUCUGAGCGUGGCAACUAACUCUUGGUUUGGAAAAACAAUGGGGAAAAGCUUCAGUGUAACAAGGAGCAGGAGGGGCAGAGGAGAGAUCCUCAAAAAGGGCUUUGCACAGGAUGGACAGUGCCUUGUUGUGAACUGCCCAUGUGAGUGUGUGGAUGACACAGAUUUAGGCUUCUACACUUGUGAAAAGCUUCUGCUGCUCUUGCCCAUCUUUCCACUUCAUAACAUUUGCUACAGCGAGUAGAACUUUUGAGGGUUUCUGUAGACACUGCUUUAUCUGCCUUUCUUGUGUGUGUGUGCGUGCUGCGGAUUUUAGCACAGGGAGUUGGGACACUUUGGCAUAAUAAUAGCAAUAUUUAACAAUUUAUUCAGAUAAAACUAAUAUUAAUUUAUUUAAUUAAAAAGAACUCUACCAACAUUUUUGGAUCUAUUCUGCAAUUAAAGUAGAUAGCUGGCUUUGUGAAAUAAUUUUGUAGAAAUGGCAAGGAAAAAUGGGAGCUGUACAUAUUAUUCUUCACUAGGAUAUUUCUAUUAGUUGGACUUGCAGUAUGUGUUCUACAGUAGUAGAUGUUUAAGUACAAAAGCUGGCAUCUUUAUAUAUAUAUGUACAUACACAAACACACACUGUUGUUUUGGGUUUUUUUGUUUGUCUGUUUGUUCGUUUCCUCCUGUUUGCUGCUAGUUGUCUGGAACAAAAGUCAAGUGGUAGGGGUUACAAAUCUUUAUCAGUUUUGGGGUGGUUUUCCUUCCAUUAAAGAAAGAAAUGUUACUAAAAUCCUGUUUGGAAUACGUCUAAAAAAAAAAAAAAAAAAGAAAAUCCAGACAAACUUCCAUCUUUUGGAAAAAUCAACCAUAGGAUAAGAGAGUAUAUUUUGUAAGAGACUAUUUUUAUAUAAAUAUUUUAUUUAUACUACGUCUGCUUGUUCAACCUGUACUUUUUCUCAAAACAGGCAUACAAUUUGUAAUUCUUAGGCUAUUUAACAGAGGAAGGGUCAUUAGUUUGUGGACACAGCAGCAGCAAGCUGGAUACAUUCAGCUGCAGUUGGUGGAUGUGUCAGGAAGCAGAAUGACCUUUCUCUCUGGAUGUGUGUACAAACUGGCUCUUUUCCUGCAGCUCCAUUUGCAGAAUAUGCAAAACAAGAACAGGGUCUGUAGCAUCAAUUCUGUCACAUGGCUUGAAUUCCUCAUUGGUAUGAACUGGAUGCUCAUUUAUCCCAUUCAAGUAAAGCAAAAUCCGAAUUAGCUUCCCACAUGCGUCAGUCAUUAAACUGUGGUGUUAUGACUAGCAAAAGUGCUGUGUGUGCUGUCAGUUAAACCUCUAUAUUGUGUUACUGUCAAAUUUGAUUUUAAUCAGUGGAAGACUGUAGACUAUGACUGUAAAAACUAGCAUGACACACAUCGUCUGAUUCUCAUAGAUAGGAUACAAAGCUUACUUUUUGUCCAGCUCUUUUUGGCAUUUACAUUACUCUACCCCCCCUCCCCUUUCCCCCCAGACCAGUGCUCAGGAAUUCAGAAAAACAUCUACGCAAACUUAGAGACUACUCACUUGUUUUCACUUGUUUGUCAGAGUCCAGCUAAGCCAUUUUUGUGUUCCCUUUAUGGUAUUUCCUUUUUAGCACUGUAAUUUCUCCAGCUAUUUGAGUGGUGAAUAUCAUUCUGUUUCUCCUGCUUGACACAUUAGUGACUGGUAAAAAACUAAUCUAAUUUUAAUGUUAUUUUUCAUUGGGUAAGAAGCUGAUGAUAUUGCAUGUUCUGUCUGGGACAGACCAGAUUCUUCUCUACUUCCAGACUACAGGAUCUCACAUUUUUAAUGAGGCUAAGAGGGGCAUCAGUAAGGAGACAAACCUCCAUCUAGUAUGCAGUGCAGUUCCCUGACUCCUUGUGAGAACAGUGAGCCUUACGAGGAGGACAUGGUGCAGAUUUAUCUUGUAUCCACCUACCUUUCUGAGGCAAAACUCCCACCUAAGACUGCAAAACCAGAGGAAGUUUUCUUAGUAAAUAGAAGUAUCACAAAAGAUGUUUUAAAGUUCCACUGUAAGGAUCUAACCUUUUAGAACUUGUCUGAAUGUGACAUGAUGUUUCCUUGGUUUAACUUACUUCUUGCAUACAUCAUUUGUGUAAGAACACAAGCCCAUGAAGUACCUGAGCCUGCAGUGUAUAAUUAAGAUUACAUAGAGAGUUUCUUUGCAGAGCUGCCACUUAAAAUAGAUUUUUUAUGCAACUCAGACACCAGCAGAGGAUAUCAAAAUGAAAUUAUGAACACAAUUUACUCUCAAGCUUACGACUUGUCAGUAUAAAACAAUGUAAAAACAAUUUGGGGAGUAAUUGAGUCACUGCUUUUAAUUCUAAAUUCCAUGCAUCAAGAAUUGAUAAGACAUAAAAUGGAAGUAUAUACAGUAUGGAUGUUAAUUACAACAAUAUGUUAUAGUUCAAUAAUUCAUACCUAACGUUUAAUAUUGGAAUCUCCCUUCCUCCCCCAGUUUGUAUUGGCUUUUUACUUAGUGAAUACCAUAUCACAGUCAAAAAUGUGUUUUCUUUACUGGUUAGAGUUAUUUUACAACUUAUUACUUUUGCAGCAUGUUUUUACCCUGGAAGAAGAAUUCGUGAAAGUCCUGCUGCCUCUCUAUUUCAGUAAGCAGCGAUGUGCAAUGUACAGCUAGCAGAUUAGUAACUGAAGGACAAAUAACUUUAAACAGUUUUACUUAACAAUAAUAAAGAACUGGAUGACGAUGAAAUGAAUUUGAUCCACAUUUCCCCUGUAUUUUACAGCUUUGUAUAUGAUCAGUGUAUUAAUUAGUGAAAAUAUCAAUUUGAUAGCUGCAAGAACAGUUUGGGAACUAUGCAUUAAAGAGCAAGGAAAACGCUGCAUUCAACUAGAAAGUACUUGGAAAUUUGGCUGUAUCAUCUUAGACAGGAGAAACCUGGCCCAUCAGAAUCUGCCAUGAGUCUGGAGUUAACUGUUCAUUGGCUAAACGGUUUUGAAUGGCACAAAGAAUAAACAGGAGAAGGAGAAAGAUUUACAAUUUGGUAUAUAUCCCCCCCCCCCCCCCCCCCGACAACAGUUUGUUCUUUGUCCUCAGGGAUAGAAGAGCUCUAUUUCUGCCUGGUGAAGAGCUGCACAAUGGGAGUGAAAUGCACACAACUGCAUAACAAUACAGCUCUCAAAAGAAAACACAUCUUUUCAUCUCCACUAACCAAGGGAAACACUGGAUUGCUGCUCACAUUCAUAACCCAGCUGAGGCUUCUAAAGAAAACAUACAUGCAAGAGGAGUAAGAGGAGUAGGAAGUGUAAGAGAACAAGCAUACCUGCAAGUUGUGAAGCUGUUACUCGUGCAAUCUCACUUUCUCACUUGAUAACAGAGCCUGGAUUCAUGGAAACAAAGCAGUUCUGCCUUGGGAUUCCUAAGCACACUGUAAGGAUUUUACCUCUCAGCCUUUUUAAAAGGACAACUAACCUGAAUACAGUUAGCUUGAAUGCUAGAAGUACCUACAUAAAACAUGAAUCAGUCAAUGAUUAAGUUUUCUUUGCCAUGUAUGCACAAACCUAAUGGAGAUAUGUCUUUCAACAGUGAUAAUUAAACUGAAAACAUCCUUAAAA